AUGGGAUGUGCAGAAGCGCAGAUUACUGAUGUCACUGUGACCGUGCUACGUGGCGCUGAUGGUGCGUCGAAAGGUUGCGCUUUUGUGAAGUUCAAGAAUGCUCUGGACGCUCAGAUGGCGAUCACUGCACUGCACGGCAGUCAGACAAUGGCUGGUGCCUCGUCAAGUCUGGUCGUCAAGUACGCUGACACUGAAAAGGAACGACAGGUCCGUCGAAUGCAGCAGAUGGCCGCGCAGAUGGGUCUUCUAAAUCCGGUGCUCGUCAACCAGGUCGGCGCCCAAUACAGUGCCGCAUAUCAGCAGAUUCUUCAACAACAAGCUCUAGCUAACGCCGCUGCCGCUCAAACUUCAGCCGCUUACAUGCCUCUUGUACAACACCCAGCGUUGAUGCAAAUGCCUGGUACCGCUCCACUGCUCACA